AUGGCUUCGCCUGACUCUCUCAGAGACGCCGGAAGCGUCGGCAAGCACAGUUGGCGAUAUCCUCGUGGAAGCCUCGACGCCUUCAGGCUGACGGGAGGAGCGAGGACUGCCUUGAAUGAGCUUCCUUACUUCAGCCUCCGCAUGCGCAAGGGCAUCUGCUUGUAUCAAGUUUUCCACCAUCAUGAUAGUCAGCCUAAGGGUCAAGUCGGGGAUCGACCCAUCUCCUGUCCUCCCAUACAUCCGACUCAAGUGCUGCUGCCCUCCCCUUCCAAGGGCACGAAGGAAGAAAGCACUCUGCAGCUGGAGGCGACAGCCCGUUCGAGCAGAGGAAGAAGGCUUUCCUGGACGGGCUGCAUCGCAAGAGCACGAAAGAUAUACGUUGCGAUCAAGCAAAAUGCUAUCUCCAUAGCUGAUCCCAACUUCGACUGUUCAUGGAGUGUUCCAGAACCAAAUGCUUACAUCGUUCUUCCUGAAAUCAUUGCGAGCAAACACGAUUGGCGAGCUUUCGAAUUGAUUAUGUGUGAUCUUCGUUUUCUAUGGAGAAAGUUGCUUGAGAACGGAAUACAGUCUAUCAUCGACACCUACGAGCGACAUUGGAUUGCUAUCGAGAGCGACGCGGCUCUCGAUUCAAGGUUGGUCGCCUACAAGGAGUUUCUCCGGGACAACUUUCGUAUGCUGUUUGAGAAACCGAGCAUGUUGUUCACGGCAGCUUAUUCCUCCAAGCGAAAUGUUGUCAAACACGAUUGUGAAGAAAUUGUGAGCUAUUUUCAAGACGUCGUUUCUCAAAUUUACGACGAACUCACGGAUGAGAUUGCUCAAUAUGAGCAGCUUUCACGAACUCCAUCGGGAAAGAAGAAGGUCAAAGGUCAGUCUGGGAAAGUUGAAGAAACAAAGCAGAACGUGGAGAAGCUGGAAGGGAGAAAAUUGUUAGUUGACGAUGUGAUGAGAUACGUGCACGUCAAAAUCCAGCUGAUGCGAGCUCAAGAGUACGGCAUUCCUUCCUUCUUUGACGCCGACACGACGCACAAGUUCUCAUUUUCCCUGGAGAAGCUGACGGAGAGGAUUCAAUCGUCCCGAUCGCUGCUGCACAAGAGCGGGAUGGAGAAGUACUCACUCGAGAAUGAGAGCAUCCUUAAGCUGGGGUCAUACCUCAAGGUCCCCGACUCCCCGCUCAAGUACACGAGGGAAUUCUUGGAUCUCGUCUCUCUAUGGGACGAGUCGGACAAGGAAGACUUUCUCUUCCUCACCGUGUCGAUACCCUACAAGACCUGGAUCCACGAGAAGCCUCGUAGGGAGUACGAGCGAACUCUUUGUGUUCACAUCGCAGACGCGGCGCAGGUUCCUUCAGACCUUAUAGACAUUUUGGAGAUCAGAUGCCCAGAAGCAGACAGGUCGAAAGGAAACGUCGACGGUGUUGCUCUCAUCAAAUUCAGCGAAUACAUCAAGGAACAUGUUCAUCAAGCAAAAUUCAGCAACAGCGGGGGAGACUUUGUUUACCCGUCCUUCGAACAAGCCGUGCAUCUGCUAAUUCAUGACGUGAACCAGGAGGUUGUGGUGCUGUGCCAUGACAAGGGCGUGAAGAGCGUGCUGGGGGAGAUCGUGGUGUCGGUAGAGGACGUCUUAGCUGAGUGUCACUCAAAGCACGACGAGAAGUUCUCCCGCACCUACGAGAUCUGCAAGGUAGGCACCAAGAAGCCUGUCACCUGGAAGUCGUCGGGGAUGGACGGGAAUCCGAUGCUGCGCAAGGCGACGCUGGACCUGCAGUUUCGGUUCUCGACGAAGCAGUCGCAGAGGAAGGUGAUGCCGUCCAAGAUGCUGGAGACUGUAGUCUCCCAGAUCCGCGACGAGGAGAGCAGCCUCAUUCAGACGAGCUUCAUCCUCGGCCAAUCCUUCCAAGACGUCGACGGGUCUUGGGAUACGGUUGACAUCUACCUCAGCAGCAACCUGGACGACAUGCAUGCUGAGCGGGAGUUCCUUAACCGGUACGUCUUCCCAGCUCUGGCCAUCAAGUGCCUGGACCUGCGGCUGCGACUGCAGUGGAAGGAUCUGUCCUCCUCCAUGGUGCACGGGAACCGAGACGACAUCAUCCAGAGACUGGAGACCCUCCUCUCCUGCAGCGUGAGGAACUUCGACAGCAGGGCGAGGAAGAUGAAGCAGUGCCUGAUGGUGUCGCUGAUCGGGGAGAAGAGAGGGAGGAUCGUGGACAGCAGGGACACGAGGAGGCUGGAGCGAUCUUCACUCUUGAAGCAGGGUGACUUCAGCAAGAUGAUGGAGGCCGUCAGGAAAGGAGUGUCUGUGCAAGAGCUCGAGACCCGAUGCGGUGAAGUCCCUCCUCUCAGUCCCUCGUCUGAUGCUCCUGCAGGCCUUCACGGUGAGUUCAACGAGCUGCGCGGCUGGACGUUCGAGAGGCCCAACGACUCGCUCAUCUGCAUCAGAGACAACGCCUUCCUCUCGGACCCGGAGUUCCAGGCCCAGGUGCCGCCGCAGGUGCGCGAGUACUUCAUAGAGCGAGACGAGACGGCCAUGGGCAAGAACCAUAAGUUCAAGAGCCUCCUCAACAAGACCGCCAGUCCCAACGUCGUCCACUACUCCCCGAGGUUCCACUCCUACGCUCCCAACCAAGACGUGUCUUCCACUGAUGCCAGGAAGAGCUGCAAGCACGUGAGCCUGGUGGGCAUGGAGGAGUUCGGCAUGACUGUCUUCUCGCGGCUCUGGAACGUUCUUCGCCAGCGCUUCCCCUGCUCGCGCUCGAAGGUGGCAGUGAACAGACUCUUGACGGAGCAGGCGCGGCAGGAGCAGAUUGUCAUGUCCUACGUUCAGCCGCUGGUGUUUGCUGACAACGGCAGCCAAGUGCAGACGUUGAGGAGGCUCUUCCAGUGCCUCUUCCUGCAGGGAGUGCUGGUGUCGUACCUGACGGGCGAGCAUGGCAGCGGCAAGUCCUCCCUCCUCGCCAAGUUCGUCCAAGUCCUCAAGCCCAGCGCCUUCAAGAGUCACCUCGCCGCAGACGCCAAGGAGGAGAAGCGGCCCAGCAAGCUCCAAAGCGCCACCCUCGGCAUCGUCGCUGCCAUGAACUUCUCGCUGUCCAAGAACCGGCCGGGCACACCGGAGAUGGUGAAGCAAGUGCUGACCAACCUCAACGUGGGCAGCGAGAGCGAGCUGAAAGUGCACGACGACAGCCAUCCCCCAGCUGACGUCCUGCUGAAGAACGACGACGACAUCCUAGCAAGGGUUGUGCAGCAGGACUUUGCGAUCUUCGACGAGCAGAACUUCAAGAUGAUCUACUUCUUCAAGAUGGUCUGGCACACCACCAAAGACGUCCUCUCCUACCUCUGCUCUGCUGUGCUCGACGAGCAAGACAUCUUCCCUGCUAGCUGGAAGCGUCUUGAGGAGAUCCUGCGAGACAGGGUGGCGGAGCUUGCGAGGUAUCGAGACGUCAACUCCAAACUCCUCUUGAUCCUGGACGGGCUGGACGAGGAGGAGAGAGAGUUGAUCUGCCGGCUCGUGGCGAUCUGCAAGGGCUCCCUCCUCGUCCUCUUCACAGUGGACAGCAAGAACCCCUGUGCCGAGAGCCUCCGAGGGCUGAAACAUCCCAACCCUCUCGCCCACAUCGUUCUGCCGCCCCUCAACGACACGGAGAAGAGAGUCAUCUUCCAGCGCAUGCUCUUGUCCACCGGGGCCAGGAAGAUCACCCAGGACCUGAAGCCCAUCCUCGGUCGAGCGCAGGCUGACAACCCGCUCUACCUUCGCAGCCUCGCAGCUUGCAUCGAGUCCUACAUCAAGCUCAAGAUCCAUCCCCUGUCCUUGCGCCAGCUCAAGUCCAACACCAGCGAGAUCGUGUCGGACGACCUGCUGAGCCGGAUGGAGGGCAUGUUCGGCUCUGCGCUGCUCAAGGCUGUGCUGGAGGUCAUACUGCAGGAUUCGUACGGGGCUACGCUGGAGCAGGUGCAGGAGAUUCUCUUCAGGAGCGGUCUCACCUUCGAGGUGGACAAAGUUCAGUCGCUUUUUCGAGCCAUCCUCCCCUUCUCCGACAGUUUCGACAAGUCAGUCCGGAAUAUCAUCUCCCUCAAUCGUCGUUCAGUGCGGCAGGGAAUCAGGAUGAAGUUUCGAACCCUUCCCAGCAGGGGCUCAGCAGCAGACCAGCAUCUCCUCGUCCCUCUCGACCAGCUCCCGCACGUCAAGGUCGGCCGCACGUCCUCGAGCGCGAGCACGGGGCGAAUGACGCGGGCCAAGAGCGUGUAUGAGAAGGAGGUGGAGAUGGCGUCUGACGACGGGAUCACGUCUGCGAGCGAGGAGGAGGAGGAGGAGGAGGAGGAGGAGGAAGAGCUGCAGGUUGUGUUCGGGGACGUGCGGCUGCAGGUGAACGAGAAGCUCUUCAACAGCUUCAACAGCGACGAGACAGCGAUGGGAGUGACGUCAGGUCGACUGACCACCAUGAGCCUCGGGGAGGCGAUCAACCUGGUCGAGCACUACCACCUCAUCCCCAGCUGCCUGAGCAAGACGGACGUCGUCAGGUCGUUCAGGCAGUCGGCGAGGAGGAGGAACCUUGGAGGAGGGAGCGAGGGGACCAACGACACCCACGAGCUCACGUUCGCUCAGUUCAAGGACUUCAUGUCUCGGCUGCAGGACUGCUACAUGGAGAGCGCGACGAUCAUGCACGAGUCGAAGCACAAGCUGGCGGCCACGCUGAUCCAGAAGAGGAUGCGGGGAAUGCAGGCGAGGAAGAAGCAUCGGCGAGAGCGACUGGCGAGUCAGCUGCUGGAGAUGGAGGGAAAGUCGGAGUUCGAUGACAGAGACAUGAAGAAGAUCGUCAGGCUCCAGGCGAUCGCGCGGGCCAACAAGAGCAGGAAGGAGACCAACAACAAGAAGCUCCUCAAGGCCGCCAUGCACAUCAACCCCGAGCAGAGACGCGCGGGGCCCGUGGCGAUCCGAGCUCGACACCAGCUGACCGGGAAGCAUGCAACGAUCCAGAAGCGGCUGCAGGCUGUGUUCGACCGGGUGACUGACGCCUUCACGUUUCUCGACAACAACGGAGACUUUGUGGUGACCCAGGCAGAGCUGCGAAGAGGCUUCCAGAAGCUGAGAAUGGAAGACGUGGACCUGAUGCAGCUGGGGUGUAGCGUGUCAGCAGACGGGAAGAUUGACCUCAUCGAGUUCAUGCGUCUCUUCGCAUGGAGGGACGUGGUGAGCAUCGAAGAAGAGAUCUCUAAAUCCAAGCUGAGACGGUCGAAGAUCGUCAAGCAGGUCGAUCAGAUCACCAAGACCUUGAAGGUCAUAUGAUAGAAGUACAAGUUAUCAUCGUCACGUGUUUCUUUAUUCCCUUUUCUUG